CCCAGUCACACAGCUGGCAGUACAUGUGCAUCGCUCUCUGCUCUUGGCCUCUCCCAGUGUUUAUGCGCAGAAGGGCCCCAGCGGGGGGAACUGAACUUGUAUAUCCUGCACGCACUACAGGGGGGGUCGCGGCUGGGAGUCACUGCAGGACAAUUUCCUUUUUACUCCAAAUGAGACCCAGUCCGGGUGGAAAAGUUCUACAGUCGGCACAGAGCAGAAGAGGAGCUAAUCCCCCCCAUUAUAUAUGAGCAAUGGGGGCUUCCCAGCCACCCCCGGGGCAGGAGGGCAGCAGGAAUGGCGAGGGGGCAGUCUAUUUGCGAAGGAAAAUCACUCUGCUUAGGGCUCUGUCUCUCACUAUUGGGACCAUCAUAGGGAGCGGAAUCUUUAUCUCUCCUAAAGGGGUUCUGAAGAACUCGGGGAAUGUGGGUCUGUCUCUGGUCAUCUGGGUCGCCUGCGGGAUCCUCUCCAUGUGCGGGGCUCUGUCCUACGCUGAUCUUGCCACGACAAUCAAGAAGUCGGGGGGGCAUUACAUUUACCUUUUGGAGACCCUGGGCCCCUUGCCGGCUUUCCUCAGGCUCUGGGCAGAAUAUGUCAUGAUCCGGCCGUCUAUUAACGCCGUGGUGAGUUUGGCCUUUGGGCGGUACCUUAUAGAACCAUUCUUUGUGCCGUGUCACGCGCCGGAUGUCGCCGUCAAGAUGAUCAGCGCCCUCUGCGUCUCCUUCAUCGUAGCCCUGAACUGCUGGAGUGUCAGUUGGUCGGCCAAUGUCCAGACGGCUUUUGCCGCCUCCAAGCUGAUCGCCAUUGGGCUUGUUAUCGUUCCUGGGCUGAUGGCACUAGGCGCGGGACGCACAGAGAACUUCCAGGACGCAUUCCAUACGGAUUCUUUAGCGCUGGACAAAAUCCCCCUGGCGUUUUAUUCUGGAUUGUUUGCCUUUGCGGGAUGGUUUUAUAUCACUUUUGUUACUGAAGAAAUAGUCGAUCCUGAGAGGAAUAUCCCUAUAACGGUGAUCGUGUCGCUGACAGUAGUCACAAUCUGCUAUGUUCUGACAAACGUCGCCUAUUACACGGUUCUGACGCCCAAUGAGAUUCUCAGCUCGGAGGCUGUAGCUGUGAGCUUUGCAGAACGGACACUCGGCCGCAUCUCAUCCGUCAUCCCCAUCCUGGUGGCCAUGUCGUGUUUCGGGUCCUUAAACGGAGGGAUCUUUGCAUCUGCCCGGAUGUUGUUUGCAGCCUCCAGAGAGGGUCAAGGGCCUCCAUUACUUGCCAUGAUUCACAUCAAAAAGCACACGCCACUCCCAGCCCUAAUUUUAAUGAUGCCUCUGGUUUUUCUGAUGAUCGCUAUCGGUGACCUUUACGGCCUCUUGAACUUUAACAGCUUUUCCCGUUGGCUGUUUAUGGGUCUGACGACUCUCGGCCUCAUUGUACAUCGCUAUAGAUACCCCGACCUGCCCCGACCUUUCAAGGUUCCGCUGAUCAUCCCCUUCAUAUUCACCAUAACCUGCCUGUUCAUCGUGGGGAUGUCUCUGUAUUCAGACCCGGUGAAUACGGGCAUGAGUUGUGCCAUCACCCUCGCCGGGCUGCCCGUCUAUCUCCUUAUGGUGCACAAGUCACGGCUGCCCGGGCCAUGGAGGGAGGCCAUCAAUGGUCUGACUGUGAAGCUGCAGGUUCUGAUGGAAGUGACACCGCAGGAAAUUGCCACCUACUAAAUGACUACAAUCCCUGCCAUAAAGCAAGGCAGGACUGCCGUUUUCAGCCACACAGGAAGCAGAGACACAUGACCAUCACAUGACUGCCGACAUCAUCCCUUCAACGCCUGUAGCUUCUGUAGAACUUUACCUUAAGCUCAAUAUUCUUGUUACUAUGGAAACCAUUUGCUUAGCUUUUUUUUUUUUUUAAUUAAAAAGGCCAUUUUGCCUGAUUA